UUGAUAUGGAGGAGAAGGUAAUGCAAAGUGUUAGCAGAACCAGAAUGGCAACUUCAAGGUUUCACAUAUAUUACACCUUUUGUGUAAGUUUUUUUGUUCUAACAUGUAGCUGCCUUGGCCAUCCUGUACAUCAGAGAAGACAUGCAGCCAUGUUCAUCUUUGGUGAUUCAUUAUUUGAUAAUGGAAACAAUAACUACUUAAACACUACCACUAAAUACCAGUCAAAUUUCUGGCCCUAUGGGGAAUCCUUCUUCAACUACUCAACUGGUAGAUUUUCGGAUGGACGUCUAAUCUCUGAUUUCAUUGCUGAGUAUGCUAAGUUGCCACUUAUACCACCAUUUUUACAACCUGGGUUCAAAAACUAUACUUAUGGAGUCAACUUUGCUUCUUCGGCUGCUGGUGUUCUAGCAGAAACUCAUCCAGGAUUUGUGAUAGAUCUUAAAACUCAACUUAGUCACUUCAAGAAGGUGGAGAAGCACUUGAGGCACAAGCUAGGUGAUGAUAAAGCUCACACAUUGCUGUCAGAAGCCGUUUACUUAAUCAGCAUCGGAGGCAAUGAUUAUUUUGCACCCUUCAUAAAGAACUCCAGUUUUUAUGAGACUCAAUCACCAACACAAUUUGUUGGCAUGGUGAUUGGCAACCUAACGAAUGUGAUCAAAGGAAUAUACAUAAAAGGAGGAAGAAAAUUUGGGUUUGCAAAUGGAAUCCCUCUUGGUUGUGUACCAAUGAUGAGGGCAACAAAGCCUGGAAGCACAGGCACCUGUGUGGAUGAAAUUACUGCAGUAUUGAAACUGCACAAUAAAGUUCUUGCUAAAGUCCUUGUCAAGCUUAAAGGACAGCUUCAUGGAUUCAAAUACUCAAAUCCAAAUGUCUACUCUUACCUGGAUGAAAUAAUCAAGAAUCCAUCACAAUAUGGCUUCAAGGAAGGGAAGGUGGCAUGUUGUGGUUCUGGUCCAUACAGAGGAGCUCUGAGCUGCGGAGGAAAGAGAGGUGUGACUGAGUAUCAACUAUGUGACAAUGUUAACGAUUAUGUCUUUUUCGACUCUGCCCAUCCCACCGACAGAGCUAACGAGCAAGUCUCCAAGUAUUGGUGGAAUUAUACUACUCCUGAUAUGAAAGUGCCUCAUGUUAAUCUGAAAGAGCUAUUCGAAGUUUAACCGACUGCCACAAGUUCAUAAGCAAUGUGGACUUUGGAAAUUAUUUGUAGUUUUGUAACAAAAGGUUGAAUGUAUUACCUAUGUUUGAGUAUUCACCUUCAAUAAUGGAUGUACUCCGAUCAGUCCGAUGUAGUGUUCCAAACUUCCAAUGAUAUAUGUUAAAACCAAAGUUGUAGCCCAAUAAGGCAAAGGGUU